GCCCUGCGACACCUGCCGCCGCGGUCCGACAGGAUCCGGCGACUGGCGGGCUAGGGCCCUCCCUCAGCGCCCUCCGCGCCAGGGGAGGCGACGGCGAGCCGCGCGGCCGCUCUGCUCCCGCCGCUGCCUUCGCCCGCCUCUCUGGUUCCGCUAGAACCAGCUUGGAAGCGGCAGUGGCGCAAUGGCGGCGGAGGGGACAGCGAUGGCGGAGCUGCAGCCGGAGGGCGAAGGCGGUGGCGAGCCGGAGGGCAGCUUCGGACAGUUGCCGGAAGAGGAGGAGGAGGCGGCAGAGGGAGAGGACGCCGGCUACGUGCUCUACCGGGACAGGAAGGAAUGGGCGGAUAUUGAACCUAUCCCUCAAAAUGAUGGGCCAAAUCCUGUUGUUCAGAUCAUCUACAGUGAAAAAUUUCGUGAUGUCUAUGACUACUUCAGGGCUGUUCUGCAGCGGGAUGAGAGAAGUGAAAGAGCUUUCAAGCUAACAGCAGAUGCCAUUGAGUUAAAUGCUGCGAACUACACAGUAUGGCAUUUUCGGAGAGUCCUCCUGCAGUCUUUGGGAAAGGAUCUCCACGAGGAGCUAAAGUAUAUUACAGCUAUCAUUGAAGAUCAGCCAAAGAACUACCAAGUCUGGCAUCACAGAAGAGUGUUGGUGGAGUGGCUGCAGGAUCCAUCCCAAGAGCUUGAGUUCAUAGCUGACAUUCUGAACCAAGAUGCCAAAAAUUACCAUGCUUGGCAACACAGACAAUGGGUUAUUCAGGAGUUCAAAUUAUGGGACAAUGAACUGCAAUAUGUAGACCAGCUUUUGAGGGAGGAUGUGAGAAACAACUCUGUUUGGAACCAACGACACUUUGUAAUUUCCAACACCACUGGCUAUGAUGAUCCAGCAGUCCUAGACAGAGAAGUCCAAUACACUCUUGAGAUGAUCUUAGCAGUGCCACAUAAUGAGAGCGCUUGGAACUAUUUAAAAGGGAUUCUGCAGGAUCAUGGUCUUUCCAAGUAUCCAAAUCUGUUACAGCAACUGUUGAAUUUACAGCCCAGCCACAGUUCACCCUAUCUGAUUGCCUUUCUUGUGGACAUAUAUGAAGACAUGCUUGAGAAACAGUGUGAUAACAAGGAAGAAACACUAAACAAGGCACUGGAGCUGUGUGAAAUUCUGGCUAAAGAAAAAGACACCAUCCGAAAGGAAUACUGGAGGUAUAUCGGAAGAUCCCUUAAGAACAAGCACAGCUCAGGCACUGAGCAGAGCACACUGGCUGACAAGCAGCAGUAACUGGACGUGGAAGGAAAUGGUGUUAAACUCUCAAGAUGAUCUAAAUCAGUACUACAUAGGGUCAUUCCGUAGUUUAAAAUCCACUGUAGCAGUAUUCCCCUGGUGAAGAAGUGUUGCAGUGAGAGGAGUGCAGAGUCCUCUGUAGUCUUGGGUCACUGCCGCUCCUCGUGAUAGCUCUAAGUGCAGUCAAGAAAUACUUUAAGGCUUAACUACUGACACAUCCCAAAUAAAGGGGUUAUUUCCUAAUACUACAUACAUAAAUCUGUACCUACUGUUUAUAAGGUACUAAGUCAAUUUCUCAUGUCAUGGCUUAUCUGCUCAUGGUUCCUCACACAGUCACAUCAGGUGCUGCAGUAAUGACUGCAGGUAACUUAGCUGUCAGAGAUACCCUACUUCUGGUUAUACAAGCAGGCACUGCAGUUGUUGCCUUAUGUAGGAGCAGCUGUGCAAGACUGUCAGCAUGUGCUAUUGUAUGCAACUAACGCCAAGUGUCAUUUCAUAAUAAAUGCAAAUAAAGCAUUUGUCUAAAA